UGUCUCGGAGGCUGCGCUCUUGCCACAGCCCAAGGUCUUCUGGCUUCCUCGGCUGCCUUCUUGUGCCCACAACCCCCCAAAAGUUGUGAUGCUUUUCUUUACCCAGUGCUUUGGGGCUGUGUUAGAUCUCAUUCACCUCCGCUUUCAGCACUACAAGGCUAAACGGGUUUUCUCCGCUGCCGGGCAACUUGUCUGCGUCGUAAACCCCACACACAACCUAAAGUAUGUGUCCAGCCGCCGAGCAGUCACUCAGAAUGCACCAGAGCAAGGGGGCUUCACCCCUCACCACCUCACACACCACCACCGCCACCAGCGCCCCGCCCACCACCGCCACCACCACGGCCACCCCCACCACCUCCACCACCAGGAGGCGGGGCUGCAUGCCUCCCAGGUGACACCCUGCCUAUGUCCCUUGUUCUCAUGCCAGUGGGAAGGCCACCUGGAGGUGGUAGUGCCCCACCUGCGCCAGAUGCACAGGGUUGACAUCCUCCAGGGAGCUGAGAUAGUCUUCCUGGCCACGGACAUGCACCUCCCUGCACCGGCCGACUGGAUCAUCAUGCACUCCUGCCUCGGCCACCACUUUCUGCUGGUGCUUAGGAAACAGGAGAGGCAUGAAGGGCACCCUCAGUUCUUUGCCACCAUGAUGCUGAUCGGGACCCCCACCCAGGCUGACUGCUUCACCUAUCGCCUGGAGCUCAACAGAAACCAUCGUCGCCUCAAGUGGGAGGCCACCCCCCGGUCUGUCCUUGAGUGCGUGGACUCAGUGAUCACUGACGGGGACUGCCUCGUCCUCAACACCUCGCUGGCCCAGCUCUUCUCUGACAACGGCAGCCUUGCCAUCGGAAUCGCUAUAACCGCGACGGAGGUCUGCUCCUCCGAGGCUGAGAUGUGAAGCAAGUGGUCGCUGGACACUCAUGCGGCCACCUCUCCGUCAAGUCACUCUGCCUGUGUUGCUCGGGUCUCCGAAUGCCAGGAUUCAAACUCCUUUUUAUUCUCCCAACUUCCCUCCUUUCUUUUUUUGUCUCAGGUACUUUGUGGUAUUUAGUAUGUGUCAGCCAUGAACAUUGUAUUAUGUAAACAUCCUGUGAUUCAAGAUCCCAGUGUGAUGUUUGUCCUGAUUUGUUGGUAUAGUUUUGUAGAACUUUUAAAAUCAGAGUCCAUCAGAAUGGGUAUUUCCCGCCACUCUCACUUCCCUUCUCCACUGCUUCCAACAGGGACAAAAGCCCCUGAGAUCAAGUAGACAGUUGCAGGUGGGAGGGGACUUAGUGUCCACACCCUUUCUUCCUUCUCUUUUCAGUCUAUUUCAGAGCAAGGCGACCCUGAGGACAGCAAUUUGGAGAAUUGGAAAUAUUGGCCAGAUUGGAAAUAUAUUUCAGACCAGCCAGAGACAACCCUGACACCUUCCUGGGACCCUCAGGGCCAGAGCUAAGCCACUGGGACACGAGGAGAUGGACUCUUCUGAAGGGCAGGACGCUGGGCUGGCAUUGCAUCACACUGAGUCCUCGGAUUGAACCCAGGCUUGGGGGAAGUGGGCAGAUGUUGACGCCUCUUUGGAAGGCUGCCUGUGACAUCUUUCCCUGCUCUGGAAUCAAAUCCUCAAGUUUUUGGUGCUUUCCUGAAAACCCUUUUUAUCCUCCAUUGAGCAUGUAGCAGAAAAAAAAAAAAAAAAGCCAGGUAUGGACAAAAAAGGCAACUGAAGUAACAAAGGAGGAAACUAAUCUCCCACCUUUGAGAGGGCAUUAUCUCCUCAGUCUUUUUAUCACGUUAUGGCAAUCCUCUCACCAGGCUGGAGCACUUCAGUAUCCUGCAAAGAACCUGCUUUGUUCUAUCAAGCUCCUAAACAGAAGAGACGACGUCAAACUCAAGGAGCUCUGGGGCUGUGCCUGGGACCUGUGACCCAGAGCCUGGACCCGGUGCUCAGCAACCUGGGAGUCCUUUCCUUUCUUAAAAUGCUCCCAGGGUCCCAUUCUGCACAUAAACAUUAUCGCUGGUCAAGUACAUACUCAGCAUCCUGUUUGCAGUGUAAAUGUUUGAAAAACCGGGAAAAUCCCCAUCACUCCUCUACAUACUGCAUUCUCUUACUUGACUGUCAAAAAGUUCAAGGUCUUCUUGUAGAAGUCUCUCAAAUGCUUAAAGAAAGGAAGCAAGUUCAGUCUCUACUGUCUCUUUAUUGUCCAAAAUUGGAUGCCUGUAACUCUUCCUCCUCUUUGUCAUUUUGUUGGUUGGUUUUGGUUUUUCCCUGAUCACUCUCCAGUCCUUGCAAGUAGGGCACCCAACCCCCACAGAAUGUUCACAAGAACUGAGCAGGCCUUUCAACACCGAGACAUUCCUCUCUAUGUCCUGCUCCCUCACCUCAGUCAUCUCAGCUGCAUCCUGGCAAGCUUCCCAGUGAGUACUUAGCUUCAGGCAGAUUGCCCUGGCUGGCCAUCAGCCAUCUUUUCUCCACCCAAAGGGGGGAAAAAUGCUGAAAUAAAGUACCCUUCCCCCAACAACCCAGUGAUCUUCCAGCCGCCAUCCUGUCAGCUCACACUCCCAGCACAGGGAGGUCGGUGCUAGUUGAUAGGAGAUUUACUAGGCAGCCCCCUCUGGCCACACAGUGGUGGCUGGGACCUCCUACCAAGGUUCCUUCUGUUAAAGGCCUAAGGGGGCAGUAAACAUUGUGUCAGCAACUGAGACAAAUGUCAGGUCUGAAGACCCCGCACAGCCUUGUAACCUGCUUGUUGUGCCAGAACAUCCCACCAGGGCACCAGCUACCUUCUGCACUCACAUGGACCACCCGGGACACAGCUGUGGCUGGUUGGCCAGUGUCGAGAGAUGCUGGAUCACUUAGCUCCUUCCUUGGCACCCAGGAGCUCCCCCAGAAUGUCAGACCUCUUUGGCUGUCAGACUUAUCUCUCUGGGAAAAGUCACAGCUCCUUUCCAGGUUCCUGAUGCUCAGCCACUCUGAAAACAUUUCUGUAGCAUAACAGGGGCCCCAGGUAAACAAAUAAACAAAACAAAACAAACAAUAAGAACACAAUUACUUUUCCUGGCCACAAAGUGCACGCAAACAUCACCUCUGCUUUCUUGGUGUGCCAGUUACCUGAGCUGAAUGAACCAGGAAUAACGUCAGGCUCUUAUUACUGUAUAGAAGAUUAACAGGAAUAAGUGAUCCCAGAUGAAACAUGGUAUUUUUGGUUCCUAGACCUUUAGAAUAAAGGGUAGAAAUGUGUUGGUUUUAUUUAUUUUUUUUUCUUCAACCUAUGGUGCUUCCUCUUCACACAUGUGAAGAAUUGAAGAAAAAGGAACAAACUAAAAACUCUAUAGGGGAUAGAAGAUGGUAACAAGAAAGUGUGCUCUGUUGAGCCUCCUAGUUCACAAAGGGCUGGGUCUCAGGUUAAUCCUCAUCAAGUGUUUCAGUGUCCAUAAAAGUAGAUGCUGAGACACAUGAAAUGACAUCCCAAGGUCACACAUCAGGUGCUGGGACCAUGGCUAAUUUGUAUUCUUGCAGCAGGAAGAGAAAUCCAAAAUAAUCUUCAAAGUUUCCAUCUCAUUAAAGGACUGUGGGUCUGGAUACUUGGGGAAACAGAGAGAGGCUAAGUGGGUUUGAUUGAAAGUAGAGGAACUGUGAGAGGGAGAGAGGGACCCAACACUUAGUCAUCCAUGCCCUCAGGCCCCAUUCUCAACUCCCACCAGAAUAAGAAAUCUCAUUUUCAGGACCUACCUAGAGGCCUGAGAUCUACUUGCUCCCUUCACACCUAGGUGGUGAUUAAGCUCAACCUCUAAGGACUAUUUGCAUUUUAAAAGUAGGCCUAGGGAGACAGCAAAGCUUAACAGCAAUAGAUGAGUUAGUUAACAGUAUUUGAACUUCAGCCAUAAGUAUGUUUUUUUUAGGAGUUGUGGAGAGAAGGCCAAUGCUGUCCUCAAGACUGAACACUUCAUGCUGAAAUGAAGGACUACACUAAGAGAUCCUCUUUAACAACCAGUCUCUGCAUGGACUUAUAAAUAGAAGAGAACCCACCACUACCUCUAGCUUCAUGGAUCAGGUUAACGAACACAGCACUCAUGGCUAGCAUUCAUUGAGGGUUUACUAUGUGACCCAGUGGACCACACAUCUUGAUUCUAUCAUCCCAUUAAUCCCAUAACAACGUUAUAAAGCAGGCACUAUUGUUGUAAACAUGAGAAACAGCUAAGAAAGGUUAAGACACUUGCUUAAAAUCACACAGCUAACAAAUGGUAGAUCUGGGCCAUAUCCAAAGUCCUGGUUUGUGACCAAUAUGAACUAUGUCAUUUCUGUGAAUUCAGGGACUCAAGGCUCAGAAAGACCCAGUCAUAAAGCCAAAUGACACAGAAGCCGUUUAGUAUUUAAUUACUGAAAUUUCUCUUUUGUUUGUCUUUUUCCCCUCCUUUCCCAGCCCAAGACAGACAUAUAUGCUAGAGCUGAUUUCCUUACCGGUCAGUCUUUUUUAAGAAUUUUUGCCAAGCACAGCCCAUUAUUAAAAAUUACAUUACAUAUGGUUACAAAUAAGUUAUAUUGAAAAUAAGAUAAUACUCAAAACAUAUCACUUUUGAGUUGUUUCACUACUUUUUUCAAUGUAUGUGCUCUCAAGGUUAUUAGCAUCCAUCACAUCUGUAUGUAAUGAACAUACUAUAUAACGAGGUGCUACACAGCAUGUCUCCCAACCCCACAUUUAGUGACAGCAAGGUAAUAGCCUGAAAUAAGCUGUGGUGGUAGUAUUUAUACUGUGGAAAUUAGCAAACACUUUAGGUCAGGCUUUUUCCUCUCAAGGUGCUAGUUGUUGAACAUGUGUUAGCACACCCUGUCUGAUCAUCGCUAGUGUACGCAGGGUAGGAGAGAGGACUUUGGAAGGAGCUGGAGGCCACAAUGACAGGGCAUAGACGACAGCCAUGCCAGCCAGAAAUUACUGGGAAAACACAAACUGCUUGGAGAAUAGCUCUGGGCCUCUAAAGAGCUUCGAGAGCAUCCAGGCUCUCCUCUAUUGCCAUUACUGCAAGAAGUCCUAACUAAUGCUUUCAUGGUUAAUUAGUCCCACCUAAUGCUUUCAUGGUUAAUUGUGACUGCACAAAACCAGGCCAUUGGCAAUGCCAAUUCAAAAAGUCUAACCAAUGCUACACAACUGGCCUCUCCUGCCACUUGUUGUUAUGAGUUAUUGUUCUUAGCUCCAUAGAGUGGCCAAAACCUAAUCUACGGAAACAUUUUACUUUGUUUAUCCAACACCUAAGUAGGCAUAAUGAGCAGUGGUUUCAAAUAUCACAUAAAAAGUGGGAUUGCAAAAGUGGGAUCCCAACAUGGCUCAAAGCUGUGGGACAUAGAAGGAAAUGAGUCAAGAGAUGGUCGUGAAGAAUGAAACCCGGAGCCUUACUUUCCUACUUGACUUCAUCACAACCCCAAAAUAAGGACUGUGUUGACAGUCCAUACCUGACCAGGACCAACAUUCUAAAUGGUUCCCUCUAGAACAAACUCAUGAAACUCCAGGCUGAGUGCCGAGACAUGGGCAGUCUCCAAGGUCAGCAGUGAAUCCAUAACUCAGAGCCCAGCACUUGAACACUUGAAGCUUCUGGAAGCUUCCAUUUGAAUACAAUGUCUGAUGGAGGGGGAAGGAAUUGUGGCUGGACAUCAAAGAAUGCUGCUUUAAGUUCAGCAACAAAUAAAAUCAAGAGUAGAGUCUCCCACAGUUAAGACUUUCAGAUUAUUUGUCCUGCAAUUUUCCUUAAAGAGAUGGUGAGUUCUCCAUUGUUUUAGCCUGAGAAUGACCAGCUAAGAAAAACCUCACUGAAAAGAGAUCCAAGAAAACUGUUGUAGAUAAGCAUUGAUUUUUUUUUCUCCUCCCAAAUCUGAUUAUCACUUGGGUUAGCCAUGUGGAUGAGAGUUUGUCUUUUCCAAUGUUGUAUGAAAAUAUUUUACCUUCGAGUACUGUAAUAUAAAUACUCCCCUCUUCCCACCUUUUUAAACCUUUUUUAGUGUAUUGAGCUAAGAAAAAAAAAAAGAAACUGAGAAUCACUUUAUUUAACCUGCAUUGAUGUAUUGUACUUUUCUAGGCUUUCUUAUGAUGUUCUAGGCAACAAGAGGUAAACUCAGAAUGCUACUUUAUCUCUACCUUGUCUCCCA